CUUAUUAUUUUUCUUUACAAAGUUCAAGAAUUGUACAAAAUAAUAAGGGACAGUUUCCUUUGGCUUAUAAUGUGCAAUCACCAUUAAUAUAACAACUCUCGUGAAAAAAAGGUUUAAUUAAAGCAGGCCACUUGCAAUACCUACCACCCAAGGGGUAAAUUUUAUAAAAGAAAUACGUCAACGUCUUCUUUACUUAACUUUAUUUUUAGCAAACGCCCAUAUACAAGAAAUUAAUUAUUUAUGUUUAAAUUAAUGUUUUAUGCUAUGAAAUCAUUGUGUUUUAGUAAAUACACAAAUCGUGUUUUAUUUUUAGUUAUAAAUAGACAGUGAAAUGUGUUAUCGGUUUAUAAUCAUAUUAAAAUAUUAUUAAACGAACCAAACAAUGUCCCGUAGCUCAGAUAUUUUAUUUAUGACGGAAUAUAUAAAAAAUGUUCUAUAUUUUGCUACAGUAAGACCUGGAAAAAUUCUUAAAAACACUGAUGAUACACAUUAUUUUUCUAUAGAUGACGAAUUAAUAUAUGAAAACUAUUAUUGCGACUUUGGACCUUUGAACUUAGGAUGCGUUUAUAAAUAUUGUAAAAUUUUAAAUGAAAAAUUGAAAUUAUAUUUAAAUAAGCAGUGUAUAGUGCAUUAUACUUCUAUAGACCCUAAGAAAAAAGCAAACGCUGCUUUUCUUUUGGGAUGUUAUGGUGUAUUAUAUUUGAGUUUACAGCCAAAAGAUGCUUUAAAGCCUCUGCUUGUAUAUGGACAAAGUUACAGGCCAUUUCAAGAUGCAACCCAAGGUGACUCAACUUAUACAAUUACUUUAAUGGAUUGCCUUCAAGGUUUUUCUAAGGCCCAUGAUUUAAGCUUUUUCAAUUUUCAAGAUUUCGACUAUACAGAAUAUGAUAGAUUGGACAAAAUACAAGGUGGUGAUCUAAACUGGAUUGUACCCGGCAAAUUUUUAGCAUUUAUUGGACCCGUGGAUUACUGUGUAUCUCUAUAUCAUCCUCCUGAAAUGUAUAUAGAUUAUUUCAUAGAGAACAACGUGAAAAUUGUCAUAAGACUUAACAAAAAACUUUACGAUGGAAAUGUGUUCAUUAACGCAGGAAUAACACAUUAUAAUUUAUUUUUUCCUGAUGGUUCAUGUCCACCACGACACAUACUGUUAAAAUUUUUACAAAUUAGUGAAGAAUGUGAUGGUGCAAUUGCUGUUCAUUGCAAGGCAGGUUUAGGUCGCACUGGGUCGCUUAUUGGUUGUUAUUUAAUAAAACACUAUCGUAUGACUGCCCAUGAGGCUAUAGCGUGGAUGAGAAUAUGUAGACCUGGGUCAGUUAUUGGUCAACAGCAGGGAUGGCUGGAGGAUUUAGAACCGUGGUUGAUUAAACAAGGAAAUUUAUAUAGGAGACGCAAUAACCACGAUGUUGAUAAAUUACCAACCCAUGAGUUUGGAAUCUACUCCAUUGUUGAGAAAACACACAAGCAAAGGCCAAUAAUGUUCAGCAAAUCACAAUCCCCACCACCACCAAUUCAGAGAAAAGGUAGAUCAGAUAUAUCUCCACCAGCACGCCCUCAAGCAUCAAAAGUAAGAGAAGCUCCUAGUAAGAUGACCGACAAACCAGAGUUUGGACGGAAGGAGAAGAUGAGUGCUGGACAAAAAUUUCUUAUUAAAGGAACAGAAUCAACUGAAAAAGCGCAAUUUUUCGGAUGGAAGGAGAACCUGAGCACUGGACAAAAAAUUCUUAUAAAAGGAAAAUCACGAGACUCAAGUGCAGCAGUCACAUUACGACGUGGAAGUGGCUCGGGUGAACCGCGUGUAUUGCGACCAUCUUCUAGAACUAAUUCUGUUAACCAGCACGAAAAAUCUAAUGAACCCAAUGAUAGAAAUCUCAGUGGAUAUUUUCAUGUCCCCACAUUUCAUACAAGUCAGACGCCGAUCGCAAAGACAUUAGAUGAUGCUAGGAAUAUUUUAAUGAGGAGUACUUUGUAUAACGAUCAAAGACCAACGUUAUUUAAUGAUCAAAGAAAAAAAUUGUAUUAUAACCAAAGAACAACUGUGGCUCAUGAUCAAAGAGCCAGAAAAUUGGAUUCUGCAAUUAUAGUCAAACCCCAGUGUACUUUUCGUGGAGGGACAAAUAAUGCUUUCAAUGAGCGUCCAAUUCCUGGCAACGCUACAAAGCUAUUACCUUCAACAUUUAGCUCAGUUUCCAGAAGUCCACCUCAACCUCAACAACGACGUCGCCUUGGUAGAAGUCCAAGUCCACCUGCCUUCAAAGUGGUGAAUGAACAAUCUCGGGCUACAAAUACUCCUCCACCGGUUGAAAUCUCCAAAAAUCGUGAUUCAAAUACAAAUCUCAUGGAAGAGCUGUCCAGACUAAAAUUGACAGCGCCAAGGCACGGGUCCACCGGCGCGGCGUCGCUGGGCGCUCGGCGGGACGCGCCGCCCGACCGCCGGGCUCCCUCCGUGCGAUCCGACGAGCGACCACUCGCGACACAGGGAGAUAUGCUUAAUAGCAUUAAGUUCCAGAGAAGAUUCCGUGAAUCUAUAAACGCAGAGAGAUUCGGCAAGUUUAACCACAUACCAAGUACAACUUCCAAAGAUAAGCCGCUAAUUUGCAACACCAACUCGAGGACGGCUUGUGCCGGACCGAAGUCACAUUUUAGUCAAGAACAUAGAUGUAAUAGUCCUACACAAGAGAAAACCAGUUCAGAUACAAGACAGUUUUUCCGCGCUCCACGACCGAGUUCACCAAAAGGCAGACGAUCGCCACACACUUUUUACUAAUUUUUGAUUUUGAGUGUCAAUUGUAGUACAUAUAAUGCAUAUAUUUUGAGAUCUCACUUGCCAUUUUAGUUCAGUGUCAACUGUCAUGUCAAAAGUACGAUUUUAUAGUCCAUUUACAGGUGAACUGUACUUUUGACAUUAUAAUCGAUACAUAGAGCUAACAUGGCGAGUGAGAUCUCAAAAUGUAUGCCUACUUAUACUGUAACUUGUAGUGGCUUCGUUAUAAAAUUUUGAGUGAGCUUUAGUUGACGUUGGUGUUAACUUCUAGGAUAAUAAUAAAUCUGGG